UCCAAUUAUUUUUUUCAUUUGUUGACUCUGCUGUUCAAAGAGAUAAAGUGAAAUAAUGUUCCGAUGUGGGUUCGUAUAAGUUGACGCUGCCGCGGUUGCAGCAGUGAGCUCAAGUGAGUCAACACGAGGAAGUCGAUGGUCCGUUCCGUUCCGCGUCGGGUUCCGUCCGAAAACUUCUGAAGAAAGAAAUUUGUUUACAGUGCGCCCAAGAGUCGGCGGCAGUGGUGAAUCCGGUAGUGAGUUGCGACCUCAGCGGAUCGCAUCUGAUCGGAUGCACAUCCGAGCUGAAGGCUGUGUGUGACUGAAAGAACCGAACGAAAUGAGGAUAUUCGUGUUUGUUGUGUGCAGCCUGCCAGUCCUGAUGUGCUGCAGGGCAGAACAUGUGAAUGAACGACGAUUGGAGAGAUUGAAAAACUUGAACCGAAUUUACGGAUUGCAGAGUGACCGGGAUGAGUACAACAAGAUCAACUAUGAAGUUUACGUAACACCAGUGAUGUCACAGUACGCGAAGUUGCGGGCCCGAAACCCGCUGCUGUCCUGGCUGGCAAACGUGCUGACGUUCGGCGGCCAAGCGGAGACGCAGGACACAACGAAACCGAGCGCCAAUUGUCCAAAGUGCACAUGCGGUGUCUCGCUGGUGACGUCCCGCAUAGUCGGUGGUAUCAAGGCAGACAUCAACGAGUUUCCCUGGAUGGCCAUGCUGCUGUACCGGGGUACCUUCUACUGUGGAGGAUCGCUGAUCAGCGAUCGGUACGUGCUGACUGCGGCCCACUGUGUGCUGAAUUUCAAAGCAAACCAAAUCACCGUCAAACUGUACGACCCGAAGAACUCGUUGAUGGUCCCGAAGGCGGUGGAAAAGCUGUACGGAAAUGAUCGCUUCAGCAUCGAUACGUUCAACAACGAUAUCGCACUGGUGAAGCUCCAGAGCAGCCUGAACGUUCAGGAUCAUUUUAUAACGGUUUGUUUACCGACUCCGGGUAAAAGCUUCGCCGGUAUGGAAGGCACAGUGACCGGAUGGGGGAAACUAUCCAACGGAAGCUUGUCGCAAGCACUGCAGCGGGUUAAUGUUCCUAUUAUGACAAACCAACAAUGCAAGAAGAGUGCAUACCGACCGUCGAGAAUUACCGACAACAUGAUGUGCGCUGGUUAUUCCGAAGGUGGACGUGACGCUUGUCAGGGUGACAGCGGAGGACCUUUGCAGAUUGGUGACGCAACCGACCGGCAAAUCGUCGGAAUCGUAUCCUGGGGAGAGGGAUGCGCUAAACCAAACUAUCCGGGAGUGUACACUCGGGUGAACCGGUACCUGCAGUGGAUUAAGAACAACGCGAAAGACGGCUGCCUGUGCGAACCGCCGGCAGCUUCGAGCUUCACGGGUCCAGUCCGAAACGAUCAGUCCAAGCUCACCAGUUGUGUGCUUCGAAUGGCGUCCGUUGGUUGUCGUGACUUGCUGCUACUUUCGCUCCUGCUAACGAGUAGUGGCGUUAUCUGCUGGCAAGCGUUAUUUCCGGUUGUCUCGGGCCAGGUCGGUCAAUUUGGAGCACGAGAAAACAAUGGUACACUGGAACAGGUUGGUAACGCUCUGGUGGUACCCUCGGAUGAACCAAUUGUUUGGAAGGCACCAUCUUCGAAUCGCGGAUUGUGGACUUGGAUAACCGCCGUUUUUGGUUUACCGAUCGUGAGCGUGUUCGCCUAUCGGGCAGAAGCCCGCAACUGUGAAGCUUGCACAUGCGGUAUAAGUUCGAAUUCAUCCCGGGUCAUCGGGGGACAGGAAACGGAAGAAUACGAGUUCCCGUGGAUGGUUGCCCUGUACUAUAGGAAUAAAUUCAUUUGCGGUGGAUCGCUCAUCAAUGAACUUUACGUGCUGACGGCAGCCCACUGUGUCUUUAACACCGAUCGGAGUUUGUUUUCGGUGAAAUUUCUCCUUCACGAUCGUCGGCAUCCGGGUCCGGAAUCAUUCGAGCGACGUGUUUCAUAUAUUAUGACCAACUGGUUUGUGAACGCUUUGGUUUUUAUCACGAAUGACGUUGCCUUGCUGAAGCUGAACGCAACGGUGCCGUUUGGCGAUCUGCUCUAUCCAGUUUGUUUGCCUCCGGAGGGUCCAACCUAUGCGGGUUACGAUGGCAUCGUAACUGGUUGGGGUAAAUUGGCCGAUGGGACGUUUCCGAGUCAGUUGCAGAAACUGAGCGUACCGAUUCUGUCGUACGAGGACUGUAAGAACCAAAGUGGCUACUACGGCUUUCAGAUAAACGAUCAUAUGCUAUGCGCCGGAGUUCCCGAGGGAGGAAAAGAUUCCUGUCAGGGUGAUAGUGGAGGUCCUCUACAUGUGAGAGAUCCAAAGACUAACAAAUUUAUCGUGGCCGGUGUGGUGUCAUAUGGGUACGGCUGUGCAAGACCACGGUAUCCGGGUAUCUAUGCUCGUGUUAAUAGGUUUCUUGCUUGGAUCAAAUUCAAUACGCGUGAUGCCUGUCCGUGUAGCUGACAAUCGGUUGCGGAACAAUAAAUUUAAAUAAAAAUUUUACCCAACCAAAGAUGGGUCAAACUGAGUUCAAGCUCGGUGCAGCGCAGCAAUUGUGCAAAAGGGUGAAAACUUUUGCACUGUACAUACACAAAUGGAAAUAAAAUCAAUGCCUUGACGGGGUACAUGUUCUUGUCAAUGCUUAACUGUUAUUCGUGUGAUGUGCUGUAGAUAAAAUCCAACACUGGAAUUCAGUGUUUAGUUGUGAUCAUUGUAUAUUAAUAGUAAAUUUUGAGACCCGUCGUACCAUUUCGUGAAA